CACUUGGAUAAGGUAGAGCUGCCGCCAAGGACAAGGGGAGAAUGCCACGUAAGAUAGAAGGCUUCUUGAUUUUACUUCUGUUUGGCUAUGAAGCCACACUGGGAUUGUCAUCUACUGAGGAUGAGGGUGAGGAUCCCUGGUACCAGAAAGUGUGCAAGUAUGAUUGCCAAGGAAGUGCCAAUGCCCUGUGGUCUGCGGGCGCCGCCUCCCUAGACUGCAUACCGGAAUGCCCCUAUCAUAAGCCCCUGGGUUUCGAGUCAGGAGAGGUUACACCAGACCAGAUCACCUGCUCCAACCCGGAGCAGUACGUGGGCUGGUAUUCGUCAUGGACUGCCAACAAGGCCCGCCUCAACGGUCAAGGCUUUGGGUGCGCCUGGCUCUCCAAGUUCCAGGACAGCAGCCAGUGGUUACAGAUAGAUCUGAAGGAGGUCAAAGUGAUUUCUGGGAUCCUCACCCAGGGUCGUUGUGACAUAGAUGAGUGGAUGACCAAAUACAGUGUGCAGUACAGGACCGAUGAGAGCCUGAACUGGAUUUACUAUAAGGACCAGACCGGAAACAACAGGGUCUUCUACGGAAACUCAGACAGAACCUCCACAGUCCAGAACCUGCUGCGGCCCCCCAUCAUUUCCCGCUUCAUCCGGCUGAUCCCGCUCGGCUGGCACGUCCGCAUCGCCAUCCGAAUGGAGCUGCUAGAGUGCGUCAGCAAGUGUGCCUGACACCUGAGCGGCUGGGCGCCUGCCGGGAGGGGGGUGGUAGUGGAGGGCACAGAGCUGCCCGCGGGGGGACCCCGACACAUCACUGUGACAAACAGGGCUGUAUUUUACAAGCUCUUUUCACUGCAGAGCUGGGUAGAGAAUAUUUCUUUCUUUCCAUUAAGAUAUAGUUUCCAAUUUCAAUG